AUGAAUCACAGUGUAGCAGCUUGCAUGGGAGUACUUCCAAGGGAGGAGAAGAAGGAGGAGGUGGCGGCGGCCGCCUCCUGUCAAGCGCGGGUUGAGGCGGUGUGUCCCCGUUCCGGCCCUUUCCGCGCCGGGGAGCUGGCGCUGGCGGUGGUGCGGAGGAAGCACAACACGACGCUGAAGCUGCUGUGCCGGCUGGCGGCGGAGGCGGUGCUGAGCAGCCCCGGCGGUGUCCUGCCCCACCGCGACAUCAUCGGGCAGCUGCCUGGGCAGGUGCUGCUCGCGUCGAGCGGGGCGCGGCUGCUGCUGAGGCGGCCCUCGCUGGACGAAUACGUGCUGCUCAUGCCGCGGGGACCCACCAUCGCCUACCCCAAGGAUAUAAGCGCUAUAUUAAUGAUGAUGGAUAUCCACCCAGGAGACACCGUGUUGGAAAGUGGUAGCGGGUCGGGUGCAAUGAGCUUGUUUCUGUCAAGAGCAGUUGGGCCCAAAGGACGUGUUCUAAGUUAUGAAAUCAGAGAUGAUCAUCAUAGUUUAGCUAAGAAGAAUUACAGGCGCUGGCGUUCUGCGUGGGAAAUAGGACACGUGGACAAAUGGCCAGAUAACGUGGAGUUCAUUCUUAAAGACAUUUCAACAGCUGCUGCAGAUAUGAAAUCUGUAACACUUGAUGCAGUAGUUUUGGAUAUGCUGAACCCUCAGUGUGCUCUGCCUGUUGUACACCCAAGCCUGAAACAAGGUGGGGUGUGUGCUGUGUACUUAGCAAAUAUCACACAGGUCAUUGAGCUUUUAGACAGAAUACGGAGCUGCAAACUUCCUUUUUUGUGUGAAAGGAUAAUUGAGGUAACUCACAGAAGCUGGUCAGUACUCCCUGCUAAACUCAAGCAUUAUAAAUCAAGCCAAAUGGUGGAAACUCAAGAAAAUAUUGAAGAAUCACCUCAAAAUGAAUACGAAGAAAUCCACAUUCAGGAUCAAGCAGUUCUUAAAGAAAGCAAAUACAAUGAAUCACUCAGUGAUGCUGGUGAAACAAACUACUCUGUGCCUUACAUUGCCCGACCAUCCCACUGUCAGGAAGCUCAUUCAGCAUUCCUUACCAAGCUGAGAAAGUUUCGACCACUGCUUUCUUGAUGCUGCUGCCUCCAUAGCUUCUAAUUUGUGUAUUGUAUCAGAAUAAAAUAAAACAUAAAGCAGA